AUCUAAACAAACAUGGCAGCUGCCAUUUAAAAAAAGAGCGUCCAUAGUCACUUGGUUUUUUCCUUACAUUCUGUCACCUCAAGGGAUAAAUGAUGGUUCUUUAAGCAAAAUUUAGAAACAUAACUUUACAAUGGACAACCUGUGGACUCCAGGAGCCAAAAAGCAGUCAAAAGUUUCAACAGAGGGACUUGAUGACCUCCUUGGAGAUUUGCUGGUAGAUGAUGUUCCUGCAAAGAAAAAAACUCCCUCUCAGCCUGUUGGUGGUGUGAAACCUGGAACAAAAAAACAAGGACAAACUUCCCCUCCACCAGGGUCUAAAGAUGAGGACUUUUACAGUAAUCUAGCAGCCACUGCAGAAGAUGAUUUGUCUGACGUUUCGGAGGCAGAUGUCAAUCAAAUGGCAAGAAGUCUGCAAGACUUGGAGGAUAUGGAUGCAGACUUGUUUGGAGGGAAGUUCAAAAAGAAAGGGAGUGUUAAAGGUGGGAGUGAGCGGUCCAGUAAACCUAACACCCCAAGGCGGACCGGCACCCCCCGCUCCAGAAGUACCACCCCCCGAGCAUCCUCCCCCCAAACCAGGGUCACCUCACCCACAGCCAGGGUGACCUCCCCUGUUGGCAGAGUUAACUCCCCUGCAGGUAGGGGGACAGGGGGAUCUCCCACACCAGACCAGUCCCUCACCCCCAGGGGAGGGAGUCUCAAAAAGACCCCCGCUGCCAAGUCAACUUCCUUUCUGGAUCAAAAACCAGGAACAGCCCCUGGGAAAAUGACAGACAUAGGUAAUGCCUCAGAAUCAUUAAAACCAGGAGCGGCCCAGCCCCAGGAAAGACCAGGAACCGUCCCCAAGGCCAAGUCCAGGUUUGACUAUGCAGAGAUGGACAUGGAUGAUUUGUUGGCUGAUCUUACUGAUGACGAGGAGGAUUCAAUGGCAGCAAAAGCCAAGAAGCCAGCUCCUAAGCAACAGAAGGAAGAGACAACUGUGAAAAAGCAGAGGUCAGCUGAGGACAUGACCCCCCAGAAGUCAAUAGAGAAUGAAGAUUCCAAGAAGCGUAACAUAUUUGACCGACCGCCAACAAGGAGUGGAGGAAACACAGAAACUGAGGAACCAGUCAAACCAGCUCAAACCAAAAAGAAAGAAGAGCCUGGAAUCUUCAGUGAUGAUGACGAUUUUCUCGGAGGACUCGGAAUCGAGGAGAAAGGGCCGUCAGCCCCAAAAGCCAAGUUGACAGAGGAGGAGGAUGACAAGCCAGCGCGGUCCGUAAUGGACAAACUUCUGGCCAAGGACUCAGCGGUCAGUAAACACCUUGAGACCAAGAAAGAGCGGCGCGAGUUUGUCCUGGACAAGAAGUACACUCAACCCAAUAAUGAAGAGGAGGAUGAAGAUUUCCAGUUUGGGGGGUACCAGCCAUCAGUGGUGUCAACUAGUUCCCGUCCCACAUCAAGAAGAUCUGUCAGAUUUCAGGAUGAGGAUGAUAUCUUUGGAUUUGACCGCCCCCCUUCUCGUGGAAGAUCCCCUGCCUCAUCUCUUACAAAGAAACCUGAUGACAUGGACUGGUUAAACGACAUUACAACAGCUGUGAAGUCAGCCCCCUCCAUCUCUUCCACCCCGCCAAAACAGGAAAAUAAACCAACCCCACAAACUGACCCCAAACCAACCAGUGUUAAAACUGACAACACGCCUCAAACUGAGACUAAAACCCACGAACCUAAACCAUUGAAACCACAAGACAAAGAAACAGAACCCAAAACCACCAGCAGCUCAGCAGCAAAACCAAAAGGAAGCGCCUCAGACUGGCUGGGACUAAAUGAUGCUGAUGAUGAAGAUGAUGAACCAGCAUCUUGGAUGAGAGCCAAGUCUCAGCAGAAGACCACACCUCCAAGUAGUGCAGGAGAGAAGAGAAAAGAUUGGCUGUCCAGCCAUAAGUCAGAUGAUCCAAAGCCUUCCCAGAAAUCGGUUCCAAAGUCGGAGCCCAAGGGAAGCCCGGCUGACUGGCUAGGACUGACCAGUAGUAAGGAGGAAGAGGACGAAUACUUGAAGAUGGAGAAUGACCUUGACCCCAACAGUCUGCUAAAGUCAAGAUUGGAGUCCCCGGCCUUUGGAGGAAAGUCUGUGAGAUCAGAUGACACCGACUUGUUCAAAACACCCAUCAGAAAUACAGGAGCAUCUUCUAUGCCAUAUCAGUCCUCAGGGAGAAAGCUUCAGACAAUGGACACAAUCGAGAAAAACCCCACACCCCAGAGAACCCCCGACAUUGGAGGGGUGGAUGAACUGAUGGGGUUACCCCUCACUGGGGGACAGACUGAAAGGUUUUACCCCCAGAGAGAGGACAGGAAACCAGCCCCAGCUGCUGAUUUGUUUAAUCUCAGUAACACAGACCAAGACAUGAUCACUUCACAGGCUGAAAUACUGAAACAGCAACAACAACAGCAGGAGAAUCUCUUGGCCCAGCAGGCAAAGAUCGAUGAGAUGAUGAGAAAGCAGUAUGAGCAGGCUACCAAGUUCCAGGUUCCACCACCCCCAGUUUUCACCCCAGAGGCUCGGACAUCAGUCAUGACAAACCCACCCCGCUCCUUGAUAGAGGCUCAAACAAGGCUUUAUAAAAUGGAGAUAGAGAGAGACUAUGCCUAUUCUGUUCUAGAAAUGAACAAGAGAAGAUUUGAUGAGGAAAAGCAGACAAUUGAAAAUUCAUACAAGAGCCGGUUAGAGUUGAUUGAGGAUACACAUAAAAACAAAGAAACCAGAUUACGAGAGGAGAAUGAACUGUUGAUGAAUCAGUACUUGUCCAAGGUUCGACAGUUAGAGAACGACAAAUCAGAUCAGUCCUCGCAGUACCAGCGCCGCCUUGAGGAGUUUCAGCGCGACAAGGACCAGGAUAUUGACCGACUCAAGUCUAUUCACAGGAGAGCUAUAGAGGAUUUGAAACGAGAAUAUGAAGAGGAUCUAGAGAGGCUGAAGAAGGCUAAAGACCAGCAGAUAGAGGCAGCCAUGACCUCUAAUGAUACAACCAAGUCUCUGGUUCAGGCAGUCUCUAUGAUACAGAACAAUGCCAGGGACCUGGGAGAGCUACAGAAGAAAGUAGACAGCUGGCACAACAUGGGGCUGGAUGAACGAGAAAUCGCUAUUCGAUCUAAGGAUGAGCAACUCAAAAUUCUGCAGGAGCGUUUGAACAGACAACAAGAAGAGAACGAUCUGGAGCGUAAACGUCUGGAGGAUUUGAUCAGUCGACUGGAAACUCAGCUACGAGAACAGACCAGAAUGUUGGAUGAAGAAAGAUGGAAGGUGAAACAGGAACAGACAAGAUUGCAGAGUUUGCAGUCAUCUUUGGAGGAAGAGAGAAGACUGUGGACAGAACAACAGGCCAGAGAGAGAUCUAAUAUAGAGAAAACCAGGGAGACAUUACUGGAGGAGCAGAAGUCUGUGUUGUCACAGCUCCACAAGGAGAGACAGUCUGUGGCAGAGGAGAGAACCAAGCUCAACGUGUCCCUGACUGUACAGAGAGAGGAGUCGGAGGACGCAGCGGUCAAACUGGCUCAGGCUAAGGCAGAAUUUGAAGCCCUGAUGAAGGCGAUAUCCGAGGAGAAGAGCAAGCAGAACAUAAUUCGACAGGAACUUCAGCGUGAGGAGGACAGACUUGACAGCGAGCGGAGGAAGCUGGAGAUGCAGCAAGCCAAGAUGGCCGAGAAAGAGAAGGACUUCCUGCAGGCAGCCCAGACACUGAAGGAGAGGUCGGAGGAGAUGGACCAGCUGUUUAUUGAAUCCCAGUCCAAGGCAGAGGAGGGAAACACAGCAUUAAUGGAGGCGAUGAAGAUCGAGCGAGAGGAGUCAGAGAGGGCGGCGAAUCUACAGCACCAAAUACAGGUCCUCAGGCUGAAGGAACGCGAGAUCGCAGACGAUCGACUUCGCCUCUCCAAGGAGAAAAAAGAAGUGGAGAAUCUGAAGAGUGCCAUGCUUUGUCCUAAUUGUCGGACACCUGCCGGGGCCAAACCCCAGGGUGGAGAACAGGUAAUAGCAAGUCAGUACAACAACGCAUCUACCUACCAAGUCUACAGCAGCCCUGCUGUGCAACAAAGCAACCCCGCCAUGCAACACAACAACCCAGCCAUGCAGCAAUCCCUCAACUCAGUGGGCUCCAUUACAGAAACCAUCAAGGCUGACCGAUCCAUACGCAUGUGGAAAAUGGAGGCACUUAAGGAUCAGAAGUACCUGGAGGAGCAGAGCAUGUUCUUGUACACUCUGAAACACAUGCCUUACAGUGGCUCCAACUCCAAGUCAUGACCCUUGACCUUUCAUCUGAUAGACCAAUCAGCUGUUGCCAGAAUGGGUUGCUUCACCAUGGUAGUGCAGUGGCCAUUGUUUGAACUAAUCAUGGUUUCUAUUUUCAUUGUUGAUCAAAGGACCCUUUUUACGGUCCACUGGUCAGACUGCUGUUUUCAGCGACCAGGACAUGUUUCAUAUGUAAUAGCUAGUCUGUGAUAAACUUUUUUACUCACAUCUAUGUACGGUACAAUUUUUAUUUUAUAUACAUGAUAUAACAAAAGACAUGUGAAGGAUUUAGGUAUUGCGUGUCAGUUUAGUACACAGCAUUAAUAAAAUACAUCAACAAG